AUGUCGCUCCUUCGACAGAAAGCAGCUGGCCAGCUGGGCCGCCCCUUGGCUGGCCUGGCUCGUCAGACUGCUCAGCCCGUCGUAGCUUCGCGCCCAAUCCCAGCCUCACGACGUGGACGAGCGACCGCCGUUGACCCCGCUGAUCCCGCAGCCACCGGCGUCGCCGCCCCUUCCUCCUCCAGCAUCCCCUUCACGCCCACCGCCACCACCUCGCUCCCGCCAACCGAAGGCGCCGUCCGCCACAACUGGUCGCGCAAAGAGGUCCAACAGAUCUACGACUCUCCUCUUCUCGAGCUCGUCUUCCGCUCUGCCAACGUCCACCGCUCGCACCAUCCCGUCAAUCGCGUUCAGCUGUGCACGCUGAUGAACAUCAAGGAGGGCGGGUGUUCCGAGGAUUGCGGCUACUGUUCUCAGUCGUCCAAGUACGAGACUCCUUCCAACGCAUCGAAGCUAGAGGACCUCGAGACGGUGCUGACCGAGGCGCGCAAGGCGAAGGCCAACGGGUCGACGCGUUUCUGCAUGGGUGCGGCGUGGCGUGAAGUCGGCGGUCGAAAGCGUGGCUUCAACCGCAUCCUCGACAUGGUUCGUGAGAUCCGUGGGAUGGGCAUGGAGGUGUGCACUACGCUCGGCAUGCUCACCACGGAACAGGCCAAGCAGUUGAAGGAGGCCGGUCUCACCGCGUACAACCACAAUCUCGACACGUCCCGAGAGUACUACGGAAAGGUCGUCACCACUCGUUCGUACGACGAUCGUAUCGGUACCAUCGCCAACGUCCGCGAGGCCGGCAUCAGCGUUUGCUCGGGAGGCAUCCUGGGUCUCGGCGAGGAGCACGAGGACCGCGUCGGACUGAUCUGGGAGAUGAGCACGCUCCCCGAACACCCCGAGAGCUUCCCCGUCAACGCCCUCGUCGCCAUCCCCGGCACACCCAUGGAACAGAACGAACCCAUCUCCUUCCAGGACAUGCUUCGCACCGUCGCCACCGCCCGCAUCGUCCUUCCCGGCUCGAUCAUCCGUCUCGCCGCAGGUCGACACCUCUUCACCGAGUCCGAGCAGGCAAUGGCCUUCUUGGCCGGCGCCAACGCCAUCUUCACUGGAGAACGCAUGCUCACCACCCCUACCAGCUCGUGGGACGACGACAAGGCCAUGCUCGGCCGAUGGGGUCUGAGGGGCAUGGAGAGCUUCGAGGACAAGACCAUGGCCCCGCACGGACACGCCGCAGCGACAGGCGAGACAGUCUCCAUCGAGGACCGCAGGGCCAAGGCCGCCGCUAGCCAGGCUUUCCAGGCCGCUUAA